CCACUGUGCGUCGGCUGCUGCGUGUGACGUGCCGCGAAGUGACGCGACGCGCCGCGCCGCGACUUGACAGUGCCGACCGUCGGAUCACAACCCAGGGGUCGCCACAGCCGCAGCUUAAAGCAUUUGGUGCUUAGGGCGGGUGCAGCAUGCGCCUGUUCCGCGGCCGGCGCAGCUCGGAGACGCCGUCGCCGCAGCCGCAGCCGCACCCAGCCGGAGGGCAGCAGAAUGGCGCCGACAGCCCGCCCCCAGGCACCGACUUACAGACCGUCAAGGCGGUGCCCGCGCUCGUUCUCGAGGAAGCGGGCCCCCGCGAGGUCAAGAAGAUGCUGUCGACGUGGGGGCGGCGUAUGGGCCGCAAGCUGGAGGCGAUGCGGCGCCAGAGCGACGGCGGCGCCCCCGCCUCCGCGGACCGCGAGCCCAGCGUGCGCAGGAGGCCGGGUUGGCGCCUGGGCCGCGCCUCCGCCCCCGAGGUGUCACCGCGCCGCCCCCUGCUGCCGCCCGCCUCCGGAUCCACCCCCUCUCCCACCCACGCACCUUCCGCCGGUCCGCCGGUACCCGCCCACGUGGCGGUGUCGCUGUCUGCGUCGUCGACGCCGCAGCCGUCACCGCGGCACGAGCUGCUGCACGCCGCGCCCUCGCCCCUGCGCAACUUCUUCACUCGCAUCGGCUCCACCGGCAUGCUGUCUAGGAACCAGGUGAGCCCGUUCCGCGGCGGCUCGGCAUGCAGCAGUGCGGCCGGCUCGGCGUCGGACGUGAGCGCGGCGGCGCUGUACAAGAGCUGCAGCACCUCGCACCUGGUGCGCGACGACGGCCUGCGCUCGCUGGCCGCCUCCGUGGUGGGGGUGGCGGCGGGAGCGGCGUCGGACGCGGAGGAUGCCGCCUCCACGGCGUCGGGCUGCACGGAGGCCGACCUGAGCGGCGGGGGCAGCAGCGCCGGCGGCAGCCCCGCCAGAGACGCCUCCUCCGCCCCCACCGCCAGCAAUGGCUACGUGCCCACCAAGGCCGUCUCCUGCGACAACAUCAACUCCAUAGGCACCGCCGGUGGCGCGGCGGCGCAGGGCGCUGGCGGUGCGAGGCGGACGUCGCACUUCCCGUACGCCUUCCUGCGUUCCAAGCUUUCGGUGCUGCCAGAGGAGAACGGCGCCGGGGGCGGAGGCCGAGGGGCGGCGUUCCGAGCUGCCAUGGCCGCGGCGGCCGGCAGGGCCAGCGUCGGAGGCGGCGACGUGACGGCGGCGACGCUGCAGCCGCCCUCGGUGGGCGACGCCCGCUGCGGGCUACGCGCGCGCGCCAGCUCCGAGGAGUGCGUGACGCGGCUGGCGGAGCGCGCGCGCAGCGCUAGUGACGCGGACGUGGAAGCCGCGCGGCGCCAGCUGCAGCUGUGCGGCACUCUGGGCCGUCCCGGCGCGGGGGCGGCGGCGGCGGCGGCAGCGGGGGUUGGCAGCAGGGAGCAGCGUCGCAGCUUCCCGCCCAACGUGGCUGCCGCCGCCGCCGCCUCUGUCUACCAGCCAGCAGCGCCCACACCGGAAGGGACGCCGCCGACGCUGCGCAAGGCGUCCGCCCCCGCGGCUGCCCCAGCCUUCGUCGUUCGGAGACUGGUCCACCCACUGCCACCCGCGCCUUCACCUUCGCCGUCGCCGACGCCGCUGAGCUACUCGCGGACUCUGCAACCAUCCCCUCCACCGCCAGUGACCCCCCGCAGUUCGACGCCUCCGGCGCUGCCCCCACGCCCCCACACGCCUCCCACGCCGCCCCCUCGCGGCCAGACUGACGCCCGCCGCCAGCAGUUCCUUACGUCGCAGCUGCAGGGCACAAAAUCUCACACCACCACCGCCACUACCACUACCGCUGCCGCUGCAGACGACGAAGAGGCAGCGGAGGCCAGGGACACCUUCCAGGAGGACCCGACGCGCUGUCCGUCGCCGCGGAGGCAAUCGCAACAGGUGCAGCAGCAGCUGCAGCUGCAGGCGCAGCAGCAGGCGGCGAGCCGGCGGCGUUUCCGACUGGUGCGGCUACUGCGCGAGACGGCGCCCGGCCGCGCCGCGGAGCUUGGCAUCUCGCUGCGACAGCUGAUCGAGCCACCGUCGGCAACGCCGCGCUACCUCGUAACGCACAUCGCUCCCGGCAGCGUGGCCGACAGGGACGGCCGGCUGCGCGUGGACGACGAGGUGGUGAACGUGGACGGACGGCUGGUGCGCGGCCUCGCCACGCUGUCCGAGGCGCGGGCGCUGCUGGCGGACGCACGCCUGCCGGAGGUGGAGCUGGUGGUGGCGCGCGACGAGCAGCCGCCCCCGCCGCCCCCACCCGCCCCCGGGCAGCCGCCCAGCCCGCCCCCUCGCGCCGCCAGUCCUUGUCCCAGCGGGCGCAUCAGCCCGGCGCACUCUGAACACCACAGGGCACCUGGUGGCAGCCCUGAACACCGCGUGGCUGUCGCGGCUGCAGCUGCUGCGCCGGUGAGCCGGCGCGACAGCGACGUGGUGGUACCGUCGCCGUUCGGCAGCCCGGAGCACCGCGGCAGUCUGGCCGCGCGGCGGGACAGCAUGGGGCUGUCGCGGCGAGACAGCAGCGGCAGCACCGGCAGCCCAGCGCUGGGGCGGCGAGACAGCACGACGAGUCAGCGCAGGCUCGGCCACCGGGAUAGCGUCUCGAGCUCGCGUCGCGACAGCACGGCUCAAGUGGCUCAAGCUGUGGACACUAUUGUUAGCGCAUGUCUUGAAGGCACCGCGAAAGGUGUACAUAUUGGAACGGGACCGCACUGUGACAACACGGUUCGAGGUGUGCACGGCGACAGUACAUCUCAAGAUGCGCACACUUCAUCUAGCAUGCGUUUUGACAGCAGAGUUCAAGGUACAUAUCCUGCAAACAGCAUGCAUCCUGGUGGCACAGCUCAAGGCCUGGGCCACCGCGACAGCCUGGCGGCGCCGGUGGUGCCGGAGCCGUGGCGGCGCCACAGCGACAACCUGUGCCUGCUGAACCACCGCGCGCGCCUCUUCGUCACGUCGCGCAACGUCGCCUCCUGCGACGAGGCGACGACCAUCGUGCCGGUGCUGGCCGCCGUGACGCCGCCGCUGCUGCGCGAGCGCACCGAGAGCCACGACCUCGACUCCUCGCAGGAGGACGUCUCCGGGGAACCCCCGCCGCCGCCGGCGCCAAGGCCGAUCAUCCCGCCGGUGUCGCUGACGAACCGGCGCGACCCGUACCUGGCGACGCGGCGGGCUUCUCGCGCGGCGCUGCACGUGGCGGCCGUGAAGCGCACCCUCAGCGACAGCACGGGCGCCCGCUCGCCGCUCGCAGAGAUGGUCGACGACGUCUUCGUGUCGACGCCCGCGCUGCGCGGCGCCUCCCCCGAGACCAAGCAGCGCCAGCAGCAGCACCCCAUGACGGUUCACACCGUGCUGUUCGAGAAGGGCCCAGGCAAGAAGUCUCUGGGCUUCAGCAUCGUGGGCGGCCGCGACUCGCCCAGGGGCCACAUGGGCAUCUACGUGAAGACCAUCUUUCCCACGGGACAGGCCGCCGAGACCAAGACACUCCAGGAAGGUGACGAGAUACUGGCGCUGAAUGGAGAGCUGAUGACGAGCUUGUCACACGCGGAAGCCAUCGCAGCUUUCAAGAGGAUCCGCUCGGGUCCCGUGGCACUGCGCGUCGCCCGCCGUACUGGACACGGCGCCAGAUCCAGCAAGUCCAAAUCUUGUGAAAACCUGGAGUGAAUAAUACACUACUGCUGAAGCAGGAAAUGAAACUUCCACAUUACUUGCACGUCAGCAUGGUGUUUGCAAGAAGAAAAGUCCCACUAGUCACAGAUCAGAACAACAAUAUACUGGGAAGUGGUAUCAAAUUCUUCAUCUGGCAACUGUAAUCUCUUUUGAACAUUUCAAGUACAGGUUAUUCAUUCUUCAAUAAGAAGACAGUCUGUUAUUUACAACAUAUGCAAAAUUAUUUGAAAUUUCACUUCUGGGAUUGUUUACCUGUUGUUGAAAGGAAGACACUUUAUAUUCAUAUCUCCCUAUUAGUUGUAACUGUUUAUGCCUUGUCACAUACUAUGCACAUUUCCUAGUUUUAACUGUUGAUAUGGCUUGAUGAUGAAAGAAUUAUUUUCCAUUUUGAAUAAAAUACUACAAUGAAAGGCAGAUAUGCUUGUCAAAUACUCAGUUAUGGCACCAGUAGUACAAAAUUGGUGGAAACAUAGAAACAAGUUCUUCAUCCAGGCCCUGAAGGCCCAUGGGAUGUCAAUCAGCUGCUGUGUCAUCUGCUGCCAUGUGGCAUCAAGAAGAUGCAGUAUGAAGUGGCAUGUGGUCAGUACACCACUCUCCCAGCCAUUUUGCCAACUUUUCAGACCUUGGAGCUUCUGCUUCUCACUUCUCAAUCAGGUAACUCCUCAAUUGGCUCCACAAGGCUGAGCGUAACCUAUACCAAUCCUCCCACCAAGGGAAAAUCCUCUACAGUAGUGGGAAUCAAAUCCAGAUCCUCCACAUGGCAGCCAUCUACACAGAUCACUCAGCUAAGGUGGAUGUAAACCUAUAAUGGAAGGAAUAAAUGUAAUGACUUGAUGCAUAGUUGAGGCUUUUUGGGUGGUCAGCAGAUACAUAAAAAAAUCCUAGAAAUUCUGCUAAGUUUUUGGACAGGAUCUUUCCCCAGAGCUCUGUAGUGUGAGGACAAUAUAGGCAGUCAGAAAAGUCACCUUAUGAAUGUAUUUGUGUGUAUAUUUUUGCUAAUCAUUUAACUCUGAAGAAGCAGUCCAAAAGCUAAGCAACAGUUUCAACAUUUUUGUGUGCCUAUUAAGUGUUCACUGCCUCAACUGUAUGAUGUGAGGCUUCCUGAACUCCUUCCAUCAUUUAUAGAACCAUUUGUUCACUGCAUUUCACAGAGCAACCAUGAAGAACUUUCAAGAAAAUGAAACAAAUCAUGGUACAUGAGUGGACUCAAUGAGGGCCAUUGACAUGUGGUUGCCUUUGCCUCCCCACGCCCACCCCACCCCUCCACCAAGAAAAAAAGAAAUUCAGUAUCAGUUUGAAGAAAGAUGGAAAAAUUAAAGGAUAGUGAUUGGUAGCAAGUGUACUCAGAGCCAUUUGCAAUAAAAUCUCAAAACCAUUUAUCAUUCACUGUGAUACCACCAUGAAUUGUCUGCUCAUCUUAGCUGACAUCUGGGUAUACACUUGUCAAGGUAUGUCUUUACUAAGAAACCACUUUUAUCAAACAGAAUAUAAUUCUUUCCAAAAAAUGUUAGAAACUAAAUUAGCAAUUAUAUAAUGUCCAACUGCUACAAACUAGCUGUACAUGCUGAUACUAAAUUAAGUUCUAGGUUAAAUUUUUAUAUUCAAUCUUUAAGUAAAUGAUCCAUUCUCAACAUUAACACAUAUGAAAUGUGCAUUGUGCUUGUGUUAUUACCAUACCACUAAAAUUGAAAAUUAUUCAAAUUGUCACUGUAGUUAUGGAGUUUGUCAUAAACUAUAUAAGAAUUUUGACUACAGAUAUCUUCAAAGUUGUAUACAAUUUCCCUGAGACCACUUCUCCUCUUGCAUUCUACAUUUGCUGUCUGAUUACAAAAUGUGCUUGUGUGUCAUGUGCCAAAGUUUGAUAAGCAUUUUUCAUUUUUUAAAUGUGCUAUUUGACAUAACACGAUAAAACUGACAAUUUGGUUGGAAUUGUGUAAACCUUUAACAAAUUUCUAAGCUGGUAUUAUCCCCAGUAGAGUUUUAAUUAAGUAUUAUUUUCACAUGUUAGUAUGUAUUUGUUUAUAUACUGGAUGUUUUUCCUUCAUAUUUAUGAUCACUGAAAAAACAGUGAUGAUAAUACUGUUACAUAUAUCUCUCUCCCAUAUUCAUAUUCAAACUAUUAUACUGUACAAAAUACCCAUGUUGGUGUAAAUAAUAGUUUACAUUCCAAAGAUAUUACUGCUGUUGCU